AUGUUGAGGCUGAGCGUGAUCCUCACAGUGACCAUUCUCGUGGCCAUUGAUGCAAUCAGUGGCCAAAUUGUUGCCCAAAACGAAACCCAUUCGUGCUGCACAGAAGUCUAUGGAUCCUGUCGAACAUCUUGCGAGAAUCUGUCGCUCGUGCACUUGGCGGUGGACAUAAAUGUGAAGGAUUCCAAGUUGUCUGACAUCAAGCGGUACUGCUCACCAUCACUCACGGAGUUUUGGACGUGCAUGAACCACACUCUGCAAGCCAUUUCAAGGGGCUCUCAGUGGUCAGGAAGGCCUUGUUGCUCUCUAGGUUUGUCUGAACGCUGCCAAAUCUCUUGCGCCACGGCUUCUUCACUGCAGGAUCUCAUGAUAGGUUGUCGCCAGAGUGACGAGCAGAGCCUCUUCAGCUGCCUGGAUCGCCAGGAAGCAGGGGACUCUUGCUGCAAUCAGUCCCACACAGCUGAGUGCAUGCAGGCCUGUAGGGACACUUUCAGGACGCGCUUCACGCCCACUAAAGAGCAGAGGCAGAAAGUGAAGAAGACCUGCGAAGCAGGAGAUCAAAGGGUCUUGCAGUGCCUUCGGAACCUGAUCGAUUACACGCCGACGACGAAUUUGAAGAGUUAUAUGCCUUGUUGCGAUCUGACUCAGAGCUCAAAGUGCCGAACCACUUGUCAGAACGCUUUGGCCACAAGUGAAACCACACAAGAGGCCAUCGAUGCUCUGGAGAGCGGUGGUUGCGGUCCUCCUUUGCCCUACGAUCCGAUGUGGCAGUGCUUCCUGUCUAGCGGACGUCAAGGAGCUCCUGCGAGUUCCACUAAUGACGUGUCUAGGAUCAAUCAAAUAGGAAUGGACUCGGCGAAAUUGCACUGCUGCCAGAAAGCCGUUGCGCCCAAGUGUCGCCGUCUGUGCCAACUGACUUUCUCCAGCGACUGGUCUGUGACGCGAGAUGAUUUCGAGCAGGACUGCCUCACCCAAAUCAAUGAACUCCAACUCCGACAAUGCCUGGACGAUGUGGAUGAGCCGUGCGAGCUGGGUUGCGACGCUCUCUCGUUUUGCAGCAACUUCAAUGGCCGACCUACUGAGCUAUUCCGCAGUUGCACUACACAAGCAGACGUGGCGGCUCGAUCGGAUUUGCUGAUGUGGCAGGAGAAGGGUUUUAUUCCACUUCCUGGCUUCAAUCUCCCCAUAAGAAACUUAUCGCGUUGCUCUCCAGAAGUUUGGCAUGCGGUUGCUUGUACGCUUCAGAUCAAGCCUUGCUCAUCGACGACUCAUGGCAAUCAGAUUUGUAAGGAGGAUUGCUACGAAUUGCUGACGCAGUGUAUGGAUUGGACAAAGCUACAGUCGAGCAGUCAUUCAGCCGGAUCGCUUUGUUCGAAGCUCUCUGUUAACGACUUGACGACUCCUUGUAUCUCGCUGAAGCCCUUCCUGGAACCCAGCGAUUUUCCCUACAGAGACACUCAUCAAGUCACAGCUCCAUGCAAAGGAAAUCCCUGCAAUAGUUCUCAAGUUUGCUUAGUGGACAGAACCAUCAACAACCACUACUCUUGCAUUACUGCUUGUCCUUUGGGCGAGACCUCUUCCUACAUGGUUCCCGUGGACACAUACGUCAGAAUUCCCGUGUCAUCCACACAGAAAGGAUGCUUGAAGAUCUGCUACUGUGGAUCUUCAGGACGCAUAGAAAACUGCCAGCCACUGCCUUGCGUCUCCUAUGACUCCUGCAACCUCGCUGGCAGACAGAUUGAGCACUCUUCCUGGUUCUACGUUGAAUGCAACAUCUGCAGUUGCUUUGCUGGCGAAAUCACGUGCACGAAGAAGCAAUGCAGAAUUCCUGGCAUCUCGGAUGAUUCCUAUACUAGUCUUCCAUGCAAUUGUCCUCCGCAUUUUGUACCAGUUUGCGGCAGGAACGGGAAAGUGUAUCCUUCAGCCUGUGUGGCAAAGUGUGCAGGACUUCAGGACACCGACAUUGAGUACGGUGCCUGCUCAAGCAGAAACUUCUGUGACGCUUCCUCAUGUCCUCCCGGGACAGUUUGUGUGCAGAAUCACCAAGUGUGCUUAUCAACCAUGCACAAACCAUGUCCUAUGUUUCAAUGCGUUAACAUAACACAACCUUGUCAACCUGGAAAUCCGGUGUGUGACAAGAUUGGUAGAACCCAUCCUUCAUUCUGCCAUUUGCUAGAAGCUGACGCUGAUCUAGCCUACGUUGGACCUUGCUUAGACAACUGCCGAGACUCUUCAUUUGGACAAGUUUGUGGGAUCAACGGCCAAACUUAUCAAAGUGAAUGCGAAGCAUGGAGUGACUUCUCUUUAGUGGAUUACUUCGGUUCCUGUCGGGAAAUCGGUCUCUUAACCUCCGUUCUCGGCCCUCGAUGUUCCUCAGCCAAAUGUGCGUCACUUCCUUCCGACCACUGCCAGCCGAUCUAUCCGCCGGGAGCUUGUUGUCCCGUCUGUUCGGGAUCGUUGAGAAUCGUGUACUCCAGGAAACAGAUUGACCGUGCUUUGUACGCUCUCAAGGGUCGCAAUACUCAAUUCCUGACCUUGAAGUCUAUCCUCGAAGCGCUACAACGUCUCAUCAAGACUUCGCAGUGUCGUCUAAGUGGCUUCUUGACGAUCGAAACUGAUCUCUUCGUGACAGUUCAAUAUGCUUCGCGGAAGCCAACGCAAGUGCAAAUAGAGGCUUGCCACCAUGAAGCUGAGAAGAUCACCACCUUAAUAGCGGCGCAGAGUCACAAAGUGACCUCUGAUCUGGGAUUGAGCGCCCUUACAGUGGCCAACAUGGCGCAGCCGGACACUUCAGGAAGCUCUCACAGUGGCUCAGCGCGAUCCUGUGUGUACUUGUUACAGUUCACCGCGAUUCUUGUGAUUUAUCGCAACUUCGCUUGAAGUGCUAUAGUUGAUCCUAAUUCUCCAACAAGAAAAACGUGAAUUCACAGUGCCAAAUACUUUGAGUUGAAGACAAAUGAGUUAAAUAUACAUGAUCUGAUCUGUGAUAAGUCGAUGUAAGUUUGGUUUAGUGACCAAAGAAUAAAUUAUUACUGCUAAGGAUAACAAAAUAAAAUAAUUAAGACAUUU